AGAGCGUGUAGAGAGGCAACAAGCUUCAUAUUCCUUUCUGCAGCUUCCAAGUCACCAGACUAAAAAAGCAUCUGUUCACUGUGUGGAAAAAGGGAGGAGUUGGUUUCUGGGCAGUUUCUGCACACAAAGACCAAAAAAAACAACAACAAAAAAAACAAAAUUCUGCAAGUACUGUCUGCCACUGGGAGAUGGAGGCGUGAAAGAUCUGAGCAACAGGGGUAAGCCUCUCUGGAUUUUCAAAGUGUUUGCCUCCGGGAGUGAAGCCGCCGCUUACGUCUGCAAUUAUCACAUCCAUUUAUCUAUUGAUGAAGGAGCAGUGACGGUUUACGCCUGAUGGUUUUUGUUAAUGGUGUGAUUUGGCUGCUUUUUCUCAUAAAGGAAUCAUUAUGUAGAUCCGUUUAACCUCCUCCUCCUCCACCAAUCCCCCAACUCCCAGGAGCACAGAUUCUUUGUGUAUAUGUGUAUGGCAAAGAGAGCGGAACACGUGAGGACUCGAACUGCUGUUGCCAGAAAUCUGAAGAUGGUUGUGGAGAAAGUCACUGCGUGCAAAACUGGGAGGACCACAGCCCGGUUUUAAGGAACUGACUUUGGGGGAAAAAAAGUCAAGAGCAAUUAUGGUGAAAGUACCCACAGCCGAGUCAGUGGCCCUCGGGCCACACAAGCAAUACGAUGCCCCAGAGACUUUGGGAAGGACUAACACCAGCUCACGCAAAUUGUCAUGGAAACAGAUCUCAGUGUCCUUUAUAAUGAAGACCAAAAUCCACGGCUUGAAGUUUGUCUUCUCUCCAGACAAAACCAAAAUCCAGCGAGUCAUCUGGAUCUUGGCCUUCUUCGCUUGCGUCGGGCUCCUCAUCACCUGGUCUUGGAAUCGCAUCCUCUACCUGAUGUCCUACCCAGCUGUCACUAAGGUCAACAUGGUGUGGUCUCAUAACUUGUCCUUCCCGGCUGUUACUUUCUGCAAUAAAAACAUGUUCCGCGUUUCCACCCUAACUAAGGACGACCUGUAUCACAGCGGUUACUGGAUGGACCUCAUGUACCCCAAUCACACCGUGAUGGAAAAGAGCCUGGCCAUCCUCAGGAACAGCCACAAACCGGGUCUCCUGAGCCUUCUUGAUUUUAACAACUACACCCCACCCCCUGAAACCAGAGUCAACACCACCGAGAUGAUGGGUCGCCUCAGCCACCAGCUGGAGGACAUGCUGUUGGAGUGCAGGUUUCGCGGGGAAAACUGCACCUACAAAAACUUCAGCACUAUUUACACACGCUAUGGAAAAUGUUACACUUUCAACUCGGGGUUAGAUGGCAACCCGUUGUUGACUACAUUAAAAGGCGGCACAGGGAACGGUUUGGAGAUCAUGCUGGACAUCCAGCAGGACGAAUACCUGCCGGUUUGGGGCGACACAGAUGAGACGUCCUAUGAGGCUGGAAUAAAGGUACAACUUCACUCUCACACAGAGCCUCCUUUCCUCCAUCAGCUGGGCUUCAGGGUUGGCCCCGGCUUCCAAACAUUUGUUUCCACCCAAGAGCAGAGGCUUCAGUACCUCCCUCCGCCUUGGGGAGACUGCAAGUCUACUCCCAUGGAGUCUGAAUACUACUCCACAUACAGCAUCACCGCCUGCCGCAUUGACUGUGAGACCCGCUACCUGCUGGAGAACUGCAACUGCAGAAUGGUUCACAUGCCUGGAAGCUCCACCGUUUGCACACCUGAGCAGUACAAAGACUGUGCUGACCCAGCUUUAGACUUUUUGGUAGAGAAAGACAACGAUUACUGUGUGUGUCAGACCCCCUGCAACAUGACUCGCUAUGGCAAGGAGCUGUCCAUGGUUAAAAUCCCCAGUAAGGCAUCUGCUAAGUAUCUGGCUAAGAAAUUCAACAAAACUGAGCAAUAUAUUGGAGAAAAUAUAUUAGUCCUGGACAUCUUCUUUGAAGCGCUGAAUUAUGAGAAGAUUGAGCAGAAGAAGGCCUAUGAAAUUGCCGGGCUCCUCGGUGACAUUGGAGGGCAGAUGGGGCUGUUUAUUGGAGCCAGUGUUUUAACGAUACUGGAAAUAUUCGACUACUUAUAUGAGGUAUUUAAGGAUAAAGUUUUGGGCUACUUCAUGCGCAAGAAACGACCACAGCGCUGUCAGAGUGACAAUCUGGAGUUUCCAGAGAACCCAACCAGCCCCGGUGUCACGCCUAAUCAUGCCCCCAGAGCACCUGUGACACCCUCCGGAGUCACUCGGACAGUCUCGGAUUCACGCCGAACAUGUUACCUCGUCACCCGACUCUAGGCAACUUUGAGGAGUUCGCUUGUUGACAUCAUAAAGCAGGGGGAGGAGUUUGGGCGGCACAUGGUGGGACUGACGGCAAACUGUGAAAUCAUUUGUGUACUGCAGAAAAACGGUUGAGUUGUGCACUCAGAAGUCUAGUUUAUCAAUGCCUGAAUAGAAAUAGAAUACUAUCAUCAUCAACAAAAAGAAAAGAAAAGAAUAAAAAAACACUUCCAAAACAGAACUCAGGUUUAACUGCCAUGUCAUGGCAUCAGUGUUAAUUUGUUCAUGUUCCAUUUUGUGGAUUUUCUUCUUAUUAAAAUGAGUAUACAAUCAGUAAACGUGUAAAAAGAAGAUUCGGAACUGUGUAAAGGUAGAUGAUGUAGUACUAAUGUGCUUGUUUUUCUGUACACCGGUUGAAUGUGGAUUGCAGUUUCUUAUCGGUGUUAUGUCUCCGGGGCAUUUUGACCAAUACUGUCUAUUGAGUGACCUUAUAGCUGUCACCAGAGUGAAGAGAUCUGCUACGAUGAUCUAAUCGUUGACUCAUUCUUGUCCCCAAAACAAGUUUGAAUACACGUUUGUUCGUUCGUUGUUGCCUUUUGACACAAGGACGCUUUCAACAGUCUCAUUAAUUAUAUGACUGUGCUUAACCGCUUCAAACAGAAGAGGGACUUGAUUUUUUUAUGUGCAAGUAACUAGCUGGGCGCACUGUGGAUAUCAGGACAAU